CACAAACGCACUAGAGGCCAUUAAAGAAAGGAAGCAGCACCUGGCAAAUAGGAGAACACAGGGGAGAGGAAAUGGAGGGAGAAAGAAGCAAAAAGCCACACAAGAAAUGGAACAGAGAGCGGCUCAUUAUCACUCAGAGCAGAAACAUGCCUUGGUGCUGCUAUUUUGGCCCAGGUCACCUGUUGACCUGACAGGCAAGUGUCAGGGGAGAGCACACAUGUCAACUGCAGGUGGAAACUCUCAGCAGGGAACGAUGCUGUGGCACUGGUUGGCACAGUGGGAGCCCAGGAUAACACACCACUGAGGGACUGCAGCUAAGCAGUUAACUUCGGCAUCAGUCUGGAGGUUUCCAACCCUCUGAAGAUGUACGGCCUGUAUUUGGAAGCAGUGAAUGAUUACAUUAAUGAAUCCUAUGGAGAGGAUGUGUGGAGACUGAUUGAGAACCGAGCAGAAAUACCCCACCUCAAGUUUGUCAGACAUCAGAUGUACAAUGACAACCUGAUCCUGAGGUUGGCAAAGGCAGCAGGCGAGGUUCUCGGAAAGACCCAUGAUGAGCUGAUGUACGCUUUCGGAGUCUAUAUGGUCAAGAGGAUUGGAAACUACGGAUAUGAGCGGAUUCUAAAGGUGCUGGGGCGAAAUGUGCGCGACUUCAUUAAUGAGCUGGACAACCUGCAUGAGUACUUUCGCUUCUCCUUCCCCAAGGUGCAGCCGCCAAGCUUCUGCGUGGAGGAGGAGUGCGAGACGAGCCUCACACUGCACUAUCGCAGCACCCGCAAGGGCUUCACUCAGUUUGUCAAAGGACAGCUCUCUCAAGUGGGACGGCAAUUCUACAACACAGAUAUUGAAGUGGAAAUCCUGUCUAAAGAGGAAACCGAGAAGAUGACAUACGUGGUUUAUAAGAUGAACUUCGACAACGCUGCCUUCAAACACCGCAUGCCCCAGCAGAAGACAGCACCGAGCUACGAGAAGCUGCCGAUGAAGCGAGGUAUCUUUUUUGACAUGUUCCCCUUCAGUGUCAUCUUCCGCCGGGACAUGACCAUGUACCGCAUCGGUGACGGCCUCAAAGAGGUCUUCUCCGACUUACAGGGCAAGAAGGUCAACGAGGAGUUUACGCUGGUCAGACCCAUGCUGGAGUUCAGCUGGGAUAAUAUCUACACCCAUUUGAACAAUGUGUUUGAGCUGUUGUCUAAAGCAGUGGUGGAGAGCAAGCAGAAGGUCAACAUCCCAAAACUGAACAAGGAGGAACCAGAGGAGAAGGAAGAGAAUGAGAAAGCAAAGAGGGAAGAAGAAAGAGAGCCGAAGGCAGUGGAGGAGAUGAAGGGCACAGACCAAGAGUACAGCAGCGCUCUCACUCAAUACAACAGCUCUGCCAACUCUGGAGGGGAAGAUAUUGAACUGCUGGCUUUCCAAACUGUCACUGGAAAGUGUAGUGAGACCAUCUUUGAGGAUAUGCGUGAGCCUCCAAAGAAACCUCUCCAUCUGAAGGGCCAGAUGAAGUAUGUCCCCCAGUGGGACUCCCUCAUCUUCCUGGGGACACCCAUUAUAGAGACAGUGGAGGACAUGAUAAAGAUGGGUGUGUAUGUCAAUGAUCUGAACCUGCAUGACUCCAGCAGAGAGCUGAUUUUAGCCGGGACACAACAAUCGGCUGAGCUGCAGCUGGCCCUCGAUCAGGAGCAACAGAAAUAUGCUCAGCUGCAGGAAAUCAUCAAGAAACUGGAUGAAGAGAAGAAAAGAGGAGAUUCUUUGCUGUAUGCCAUGAUCCCUAAAGCUGUGGCCGACCGCCUCAGGAAGGGGAUCACUGCACUGGAGACAUGCCAGGUCUUCCCAGAUGUGACCAUCCUAUUCAGCGACGUGGUCAAGUUUAACGAGAUCUGCAUCCACAUCACACCCAUGCAGGUGGUGGACAUGCUUAAUGAGAUCUACAUUGUCUUUGACACACUCAGCGAGAAGCACAACGUCUACAAGGUGGAGACAAUUCGUGAUGCCUACAUGGUGGUGGCGGGCGUGCCCAACAAGACCACCUUUCACGCACACCAUAUCUGUGACAUGGCCCUGGACAUGCUGAGCUCCAUAGACCACCUUAAAGACCCCUCUACGGGAGAUAACAUCCAGAUCAGAGUUGGUAUCCACUCAGGUAUGGUGGUGGCUGGUGUGGUGGGUCUGAAGAUGCCUCGCUACUGUCUAUUUGGUGACACUGUGAACACAGCCUCAAGGAUGGAGAGCAAUGGAGUGGGCAUGCAGAUACAUAUCAGUCAGACCACCAAAGACCACCUGGAACAUGAGCCCUACAUCAUUGAGGAGAGGGGCAAAAUCUUUGUAAAGGGUAAAGGCUACAUGAAGACCUACUGGCUGAAAGGAAAGAAAGAUCUAUCGUUCAAGACCCCGGCAGAGCUGCGCUACAGCAGUGAACUGAAAGACUCUGAGGACAAGAGCUCUAAUGGUUCCACAAGCACCAAUGCCAAACGCAUGGCAUCCAACCUCCACAUCACCAGCAGUGAAGAGCAAGCAGAAGGGAAGCCCAGCCCCACUGAUCUCCCUAUGGACACCCUGCCCCCACCAGAGGCCGCUAACGAGCCCCCCGCCAUUUCAACAGAGCCUCAGGAGAAGGAGAAAGCCAAAAAGACUAAGAACAACAAGGGUACCAAGUUGGAUGUGCCCCAGGGAAACGCAAUGCCAGAGUCUUUGCCGCCCACAGACGGGCUGGAGAACCCGGGUCCUUUACUCAACAACAAGAGAAACAGCUUCAGGCAGCAGUACACCAAGCUGCCCACCAACCUGCCCAUGCGCAGCGCCGCCUGCUCCAUUCUGUGAGCAGAUGGUUGUAGUGUGAGAUUACAAGACAACUUCAACAUGUGACAAGGGUAUGAUGCUAAAAAUAUCAUUGAAGUUUAACCAGGGCCAAGAAAAGCAAGCAUUUCAACGUUUUCAAUAUUUAUGGUUACUGACAAUCUGCAAGCCAAGGGGCUUUGAGAGACAUAGGCGUAUACAACGUUUGUCAACUUAAACUGAAGACCAACACUUCAAUUUUCAACUGUCCCCACUAAAGCCCACUUGUAUUAAGGUAAACUUUGUGCGACAUGUAAGGCUCCAAGUACUUGAUAACUGAGUGUUAUCUUUGCUUAACAAAAAAACCCCUCUGCACUCAAAGUCACUGAAUUUAAGUAUUUUGUUUCUUAUUUAAUUGAUUCCAUGCAUCAAAGGAUAUGUCUGGUAUAGAAAUAGGGAAAGUAAAUUUUUUUAAGAUCAGUUAUGUCAACACUCUGAAUACUUAUAAUGUAUAGGUUUCACAACAUGGCCUCUUUAGGUUGACUGUUAAAAAAAAGGAAGUACAAUGACACAAACAGCACAUGCACAGAGAAACAGAGAACUUCAAAAUUAUACGACAGCCACGACAAAUAGUUCUGAUACUCUUCUGAUAUGCUAUUUGCUGUAUUAUUGUACAGCUCUACAAGCCAUUCAUGAAGGUACUGCUAUUACUAAUACAUGAAUUCUGUUCAAAUGUAUAAUGACAACAAAUUACAAGAUGUUUUGGAAAAUUAAAGUGAGCCAUUUUGUGACAGGGCUUACACGGUUUUUAACAGAUGCGGGAGCUUCCACAGAAAAACUAAUUCUAUGGAUGCUUCAUUUAAUUCACUGAGAGUAGACAUCUUCAGAGGUUGUAUUUUAUUUUGUUUAAACUUGGAAUAUGGUAAAUUCAAUAGGCAUUUGGCUAGACCUUCACCACAUUGUCUGAAAGAGUUCUGGUUCUACUUACUGUAUGUACCUGACUGCAUUUGUUUCACUGUAUGAUAGCAUUUAUUUAUAUAAAACUGUAUGUACAGCCAC